UGAUGGACCUACAGGUAUGCAGAUGACCUUAUCAUCCCGACCCUCCUUAUUUGUCUAAAUUUUUAUUUUGACUAACAAAGAAGUGCAACUAUAGGACCAUCCGUUAUGCCUGAUGCUACUACAGUUUCUGGGACUGAUAGUUUGCCUGAGAGCGGUGUUUCCCCGCCACAGCCGAGAGGUAUGACCGAUUUGCCUACAGGGGUUGAUAUACCCUCCAUGACUACUCCUGCAGUUAUUUCGGAACCUGUCGGAUUUCAGCCUGAGGGGACCUCCGUUGGCAUUGGAUCUCGAUCAUCUCUAUAUGAGCAUGUCCGCGCCCUCUUGGCUGAUACCGAUCCCGACAAAGACAUUUUCCGUACGGACCUCAGCCUUUUUACCGUCUUUUAUAACGGCAUGAUCGAGCAUUCAGUUGCGCAGCUGAUGGCUACCGUGGCGAGGAGGGAUACAGAUAGAGCCGAGCUACUCCGUUCUUUGGAUUCCGGCCACGAGGAAGUGGCUAGGUUGAAGGAGGCCUUGAAGCACGCCGAGGAGUCCAUUACUAUCAUUGCAGAAGACCUGGCUGGAGUAGAGCAUUCUCGUGGACAGCUAUGA